AUGUCUGUCUACUGCUCUAACUAUUACGGAUCCAUCCAGUGCCGCAACUUUGCGACUCGGUUCGGAGACCGAUGUGGUUUUUGCAAGGUUCACGAGCGAGGUAGGCCCAUUAAGGAGGGCAAGUUGCCCAAUGUUCCAACGGCCUGGGAGCCAUGCAGUCCGACUAUUGAAGAGGAAGAAGAUGAAGGCUACAAAACUACCAGCGGCUCGACACUACACAUCACCCCGGUAGCCCCUUCCCGACUUGUCCACAUCAUGUCGGUGCUUCUUGACGAGGAAAUCGAGAACGGCUAUGGCACGGUCACCCGCUCGCAAUGGCAGAAACAUCCAACGGUGUUGUUGCCCGGUCUUUGA